CCGGUACACACACCUGACUGCGGCUGAAGGGAAAGUGAAAGAAAAUGUUUGCGAUGAUCUUCCGCAGUUUUAAACAGUUCAGUUGAUCAGAAGAGAUCAUAUCCAGAGUUCAGAUGUGUGUCUAUGAAGAGUGACAUCUAACAUAAUGGAGCCGACAUUCAACUUUAGGUGUGAAGGGACACGGCCUGAUCUCGGAUCAGUUGAUCAGAUGAGAUCAGAUCCAGAGUUCAGCUGUGUGUCUAUGAAGAGUGAUGCGUCUAUGGAUCAGCCAUUAAACUUUAAGAGUGGAGAUACAAGACCUGAUCUCAGAUCAGUUGAACAGAAGAGAUCAGAUCCAGAGUUCAGCUGUGUGUCUAUGAAGAGUGAUGCGUCUAUGGGUCGGCCAUUAAACUUUAAGAGUGGAGAUACAAGACCUAAUCCUGGAUCAGUUAAUCAGAUGAGAUCAUAUCCAGAGUUCAGCUGUGUGUCUAUGGAGAGUGAUGCGUCUAUGGAGCUGUCAACCAACUUUAAGAGUGGAGAUACAAGACCUGAUGUCAGCUAUGACUCUAAACCUCCUGAAGUCUUGAGAACAUUUAAAUCAAACCUGAGGAAGAAGUUUAAGUGUUUGUGUGAAGGAACAUCAGAUGAGAGAAACCCAACACUGCUGAAUGAGAUCUACACAGAGCUCUACAUCACAGAGAGUGAAAGUGGAGAGAUCAGUAAUGAACAUGAGGUGAGACAGAUUGAGACACAAUCCAGGAGAACAGCAACAGAGGACACACCAAUCAAAUGCAAUGACAUCUUUAAAGCUUUACCUGCACAAGACAAACCCAUCAGAAGUGUGCUGACAAAGGGAGUCGCUGGCAUUGGAAAAACAGUCUCUGUGCAGAAGUUCAUUCUGGACUGGGCUGAAGGGAAAGAGAAUCAGGACGUCCACCUCAUAUUUCCACUUCCUUUCAGAGAGAUCAAUCUGAUGAAGAACCAAACACUCAGUCUCUUACAUCUUCUUCAUCUUUUCUUCCCAGAGACAAAAGAAAUGGAAAUCUCCAGCGGUGAAUAUAAAGUGUUGUUCGUCUUUGAUGGUUUGGAUGAGUGUCGUGUGUCUCUGGAUUUUCACAGCAGUGUGAGGUUGUGUGAUGUCAGUGAAUCAGCCUCAGUGGACGUGAUGCUGACAAACCUCAUGAAGGGGAAUCUGCUUCCCUCUGCUCUCAUCUGGAUCACCUCCAGACCAGCAGCAGCUGAUCUCAUCCCCUCUGAGUGUGUUGAUCGAGUCACAGAGGUACGAGGCUUCACUGACAAACAGAAGGAGGAAUACUUCAGCAAGAGAAUCAGUGAUGAGAGUGUGAACAACAGAAUCAUCUCACACCUGAAGUCAUCCAGGAGCCUCUACAUCAUGUGUCACAUCCCAGUGUUCUGCUGGAUUUCAGCCACUGUUCUAGAGAGAAUGUUGAGUGAAGCAGAGAGUGAAGGAGAGAUCCCCAAGACUCUCACUCAAAUGUACACACACUUCCUGAUCAUUCAGACAAACAUCAAACAUCAGAAGGACUAUGAGAAGAAAGUGAAGAAUGAUGAAGACAUGAUCUUCAAACUGGCCAAACUGUCUUUUGAGCAGCUUGUGAAAGGGAACCUGAUCUUCUAUGAUGAGGACCUGAGAGAGUGUGGCAUUGAUGUAGCAGAAGCAUCAGUGUACUCAGGAUUGUGCACUCAGAUCUUCAGAGAGGAGUUUGGCUUGUAUCAGGGGAAAGUUUACUGCUUUGUUCAUCUGAGCAUUCAGGAACAUCUCGCAGCUCUUUAUGCUCACAUCUCCAUCACAAACAACAAGAGACAUGUGUUUAAUAAAGCUAGAAAAUCACCUCAAGUAGAGACGUCAAUAUCUGAGCUGCAUCAGAGAGCUGUAGACGAGUCUCUACGGAGUAAAAAUGGACAUCUGGAUCUUUUUCUUCGUUUUCUUCUGGGUUUGUCUCUGGAGUCUAAUCAGAAUCUUCUAGGAGGUUUGAUGACACAGACAGUAAGAAGCUCUCACAGCAAUGAGAAAACAGUCGAGUAUAUCAAGAAGAAGAUCAGCAGCACUCGCUCUCCUGAGAAAUCCAUCAAUCUGUUUCACUGUCUGAAUGAACUGGGUGAUGGUUCACUAGUGGAGGAAAUCCAACAUCAUGUGAAAUCUGGAACAUUAAAUCAAACCAAACUGUCUUCAUCUCAGUGGUCAGCUGUAGCUUUUGUGUUGUUGACAUCAGAACACGAGCUGAAUGAGUUUAGACUGAAUGAUUUUGUAAGUGGAGGAAACAAAGCUGAACAACUGAAAGUUCUUAGAAAUCUGCUGCCUGUGAUCCGUGAAUCCAGAUCAGUUCAGUUGAGGCUGUGUGAUAUCACAGAUGAAGGUUGUGUUGCUCUGACUUCAGCUCUGAGAUCAAACCCCUCACACCUGAGACAUCUGGAUCUGUAUUAUAAUAAUGUUGGAGAUUCAGGAGUGAAGCUGAUCUCUACUGUACUGGAGAAUCCUCACUGUAAACUGGAGACACUGAAGUUGAGGAGGUGUAAGAUCACAGAUGAAGGUUGUGUUGCUCUGACUUCAGCUCUGAGAUCAAACCCCUCACACCUGAGACAUCUGGAUCUGUCUCAUAAUAAUGUAGGAGAUUCAGGAGUGAAGCUGAUCUGUGAUGUACUGGAGAAUCCUCACUGUAAACUGAAGACACUGAAGUUGAGUCAGUGUGAGAUCACAGAUGAAGGUUGUGUUGCUCUGACUUCAGCUCUGAGAUCAAACCCCUCACACCUGAGACAUCUGGAUCUGUCUAAUAAUAAUGUAGAAGAUUCAGGAGUGAAGCUGAUCUCUACUGUACUGGAGAAUCCUCACUGUAAACUGGAGACACUGAAGUUGAACUGGUGUAAGAUCACAGAUGAAGGUUGUGUUGCUCUGACUUCAUAUCAGACUCUAGGAGAUUCAGAAGUGAAGCUGAUCUCUACUGUACUGGAGAAUCCUCACUGUAAACUGAAGACACUGAAGUUGAGUCUGUGUAAUAUCACAAAUGAAGGUUGUGUUGCUCUGACUUCAGCUCUGAGAUCAAACCCCUCACACCUGAGACAUCUGGAUCUGUCCCUUAAUAAUGUAGAAGAUUCAGGAGUGAAGCUGAUCUCUACUGUACUGGAGAAUCCUCACUGUAAACUGGAGACACUGACGUUGAACUGGUGUGAGAUCACAAUCACAGAUGAAGGUUGUGUUGCUCUGACUGGAGAUCAGACUCUAGGAGAUUCAGGAGUGAAGCUGAUCUCUACUGUACUGGAGAAUCCUCACUGUAAACUGAAGACACUGAAGUUGAACUGGUGUGAGAUCACAAUCAUAGAUGAAGGUUGUGUUGCUCUGACUUCACAUCAGACUCUAGGAGAUUCAGAAGUGAAGCUGAUCUGUGAUGUACUGGAGAAUCCUCACUGUAAACUGAAGACACUGGAGUUGAGUCAGUGUAAGAUCACAGAUGAAGGUUGUGUUGCUCUGACUUCAGCUCUGAGAUCAAACCCCUCACACCUGAGACAUCUGGAUCUGUCUGAUAAUAAUGUAGGAGAUUCAGGAGUGAAGCUGAUCUCUACUGUACUGGAGAAUCCUCACUGUAAACUGGAGACACUGAAGUUGAGUCAGUGUAAGAUCACAGAUGAAGGUUGUGUUGCUCUGACUUCAGCUCUGAGAUCAAACCCCUCACACCUGAGACAUCUGGAUCUGUCUGAUAAUAAUGUAGGAGAUUCAGGAGUGAAGCUGAUCUCUACUGUACUGGAGAAUCCUCACUGUAAACUGGAGACACUGAAUUUGAGUCAGUGUAAGAUCACAGAUGAAGGUUGUGUUGCUCUGACUUCAGCUCUGAGAUCAAACCCCUCACACCUGAGACAUCUGGAUCUGUAUUAUAAUAAUGUUGGAGAUUCAGGAGUGAAGCUGAUCUCUACUGUACUGGAGAAUCCUCACUGUAAACUGGAGACACUGAAGUUGAGUCAGUGUAAGAUCACAGAUGAAGGUUGUGUUGCUCUGACUUCAGCUCUGAGAUCAAACCCCUCACACCUGAGACAUCUGGAUCUGACCGAUAAUAAUGUAGGAGAUUCAGGAGUGAAGCUGAUCUGUGAUGUACUGGAGAAUCCUCACUGUAAACUGGAGACACUGAAGUUGAACUGGUGUGAGAUCACAAUCACAGAUGAAGGUUGUGUUGCUCUGACUUCACAUCAGACUCUAGGAGAUUCAGAAGUGAAGCUGAUCUGUGAUGUACUGGAGAAUCCUCACUGUAAACUGAAGACACUGGAGUUGAGGCUGUGUGAUAUCACAGAUGAAGGUUGUGUUGCUCUGACUUCAGCUCUGAGAUUAAACCCCUCACACCUGAGACAUCUGGAUCUGUCUAAUAAUAAUGUAGAAGAUUCAGGAGUGAAGCUGAUCUCUACUGUACUGGAGAAUCCUCACUGUAAACUGGAGACACUGGAGUUGAGUCAGUGUAAGAUCACAGAUGAAGGUUGUGUUGCUCUGACUUCAGCUCUGAGAUCAAACCCCUCACACCUGAGACAUCUGGAUCUGUCUGAUAAUAAUGUAGGAGAUUCAGGAGUGAAGCUGAUCUCUACUGUACUGGAGAAUCUUCACUGUAAACUGGAGACACUGAAGUUGAGUCAGUGUAAGAUCACAGAUGAAGGUUGUGUUGCUCUGACUUCAGCUCUGAGAUCAAACCCCUCACACCUGAGACAUCUGGAUCUGUCUCAUAAUAAUGUAGGAGAUUCAGUAAAGAAGCUUCUCUUUAAGCUGAGAGAUGAUCAACAUUAUAAACUAGAGACAGUGAGGAUUCACAGGUGGUGACAGUAAUGUGUGUGUUUAAAGGUGUGUGUGUGUGUGAUGUUCAGUAUCAUCUGAUGGACAAUAAGAAGACGACACUAUAGUGACAUCACAGACACACAAUCAACACACACUGAAGACACAAUAACACCUCACACUGAUAACACUGUUUGAAAACAAUCAUUCACACAUUCAGUUUCAUAAUCCUGUGAUAGUCUUGAUGAAGUGACUGAAAAACUUCUUCAACAAAAGAAAAUGAUGUUACACAAUAUUGUCAGGACAGUAAACACACACAAAUGUUGUGUAAACUCCAGUAGAUUUGAAUCAAAUAGAGCAAAUCUAGUGUGUGUGUUCAGAGAUGUACAGUAAAGAUCAUCAUGUGUGUGACUCACUUUAUCAACCAAUAAAACAAAUGAAUUUAAGCGUCACAACCUGAAGAAGGAUCAGAAAUAGAAAGAGAUUGAAAUUUUGAGUCUGAAUCUUUUGACUUUUAUUGUCCAAAUGUGAUUUGACUUUUGUAUGGAUUUGGUUUCUUCUGCUGUGAAACUGAAGUUUCUGGAGUUUCAGAGACAGCUGUCAGAUGAUGUGUUUGGGUUUGAAGAGCUUCAUGUUGAAGUGUGUUUGAACACAAUGUUUUGAAGCUUUGUGAUAUUACAGAUCAGGUCAGUUAGAUAACAAUAAGAGAAGAAGCGUUUGUGAGAUUAUUUGUCAGAUUCAGAACACAGUGGGAUUAUUGUCCACGAGUGCUUUAGAUUGUUAUAUUUACAGGUUUACACAGAGACUGUAAGUGUAAUCUUAUCACACAUGUAUUUAUUCUUCAAGUUCUCAAAUUCAAUAUAAUUCAUGUGGGUUAGUAAAUAUAUACAAUAAUAAACAGUUAUAUUAAUUUAAUAAAACCAUUUAGAUGAUCUUUCAGUGGAAUAUGUUAAAAUAUAGAUUAAAA